CCGGAGUAGGCCGAAGCUGUGUCUGGGUAUUGCACUGACGAUGAAACUGGGAUUAUUCAAACAUAUUCAUUAUUUAUAGUCAGUAUUAGCGGACACUUCGGAAAAGAUGAUUAUUGAGAAUGUGGAAGCUCUGAAAUCGUGGCUGGCUAAACUCCUGGAGCCAAUAUGUGAUGCAGACCCUUCAGCUUUGGCCAACUAUGUAGUGGCCUUAGUUAAGAAAGACAAACCUGAGAAAGAUCUCAGGGCUCUCUGUGCAGAUCAACUAGAUGUCUUCUUACAAAAAGAGACAACUGGUUUUGUAGAUAAACUCUUUGAAUGUUUGACCACAAAAAACUACUUGGGGAAUCCAGAGCCAAUAAAAGAAAUUAAAGUUGAGCCCAAGCUUGCAGUGCUAAAACAGGAAGACAGAGAAGAGCCUGGGAAUGCUGAGGAAGAACGGGAUGGCAGAAGAAGGAGGAGCCCUUUGAGAAACCGAUCUGACAUAAACGAAUCCAGGGCUCGCGACGAUCGGAGGAGAGAUGACCGCAAGAGACGUGACGGCGACCGCUACGCGAAGGGCGACUCCUACAGGGAGCGCUACGACCGCCGAGCGGGAAACAACCGCGGCCGGAGCUACAGCCGCAGCAGGAGCCGCAGCCGCAGCGGGAGCCGCGGCAAGAGUGGGGACAAGGACCACGCCCGAGGGAAAGAGCACCGGUCAAAGUUUGAGCAGGAGAGAAAGGAGCAGGAGGGGUAUAUUCCCACGGCCGUGCCCGCCUGCAGCUCCCUACUCCCUCUGCCUCCUCCUCCUCCCCCCCACCACCAGCUCUCCUCCGGGGCCCCGGUCCUCCCCAGCUCCGUUACCGUGGUAGUGCCAGCUCACCUGCCCGACGGCACCAGUGAGAGCUGGUCCAAUUACUUCUCCAAUCACAGCGAGGGCAAACAGUUCAACAAAAGCGGCUCUCUGAAACGUCGCUGCCGUGACUACGACGAAAAAGGCUUCUGUGUCCGUGGAGACCUGUGUCCCUUUGAUCACGGCAAUGAUCCCCUGAUAGUGGACGACGUCACCUUGCCGACCAUGAUUCCCUUUCCACCCCCGCCCGGCAUGCCACCCCCCCCUCGGAUGCCCAUGCCCCCGAUGACGGAGCCGCCUCCCAACAUCAGAAUGCCCAUGCCCCCCCACGGACAGCCCCCCCCGCUGCCCGGAAUCUUCCCCCUGCCACCUGGACCUCCAUUAAUACCAACAAGUGCAAUAGAUACUGGUGAGCACUCUGGGACAAGUUUGAUCUCUACUCUUGCACCGCCAGGAGUUGGACCUCCUCCUCCUCCUAUACCAACACAUCCUCCGUAUACACUGUCAGAAUAUAACUACGAGCAGGAGGCCUACAACCCUGAGGCUCCCGGCAUCACACAGUACAGGCACUUCAUCCCCCGCAUCCAGACGCAGAGACCCAACCUCAUCGGCCUCACGUCUGGAGACAUGGACACGCAGAACUCCAGAGCGGCCAACAUCGUGAUUCAGACGGAGCCGUCCGUGUCGGUAGCAUCCAACAGCAGCUUGAGGUACAGCAGUGACCAGGACAGCAGGAAGAGGCCUUUGGGGGCCACUGAAGGCCCCCCGCCCAAGAAGCCCUGGAUGGACAAGCCAAACUUCAAUAAUCAACACAAGCCUGGCUUUCAGAAGAAGAAUCACUAUGCCAACACCAAACUUGAAGUUCGCAAAAUCCCCCGUGAUCUGAACAAUAUCACAAAAUUAAAUGAGCACUUCAGCAAAUUUGGGACUAUUGUGAACAUUCAGGUUGUGUUUGGCGGUGACCCGGAAGCAGCGCUGAUCCAGUACACUGCGAACGAUGAGGCCCGACGGGCCAUUUCCAGCACAGAGGCAGUGCUGAACAACCGCUUCAUCAGGGUGUACUGGCACCGGGAGAACAAUGAGCAGCACCAGCCCCUGGGCCAGGGACAGAGCCAGAACGCUCCCCUUGGGCCUCAGCAUGCUGGAGCCCACAAGGUUAUCAACAGGCCACAUAGUCCUGGCUCCUACGUGCUGAACAAGAUGACUCCGAAGCAUCGCCUGGGAGGCGUGCCUCUGAGUAAAGUGGACCCGCUGCACCCUGCCCCAGACACCUCUCAGGCGAUGACUACCUCUACAAGCCUCCAAAAGGGAGCCUACUGUUCAGUGAUGAAGAUGAACUCCAAGACAAUGGGGAAAGCAGCAAAGGCUUUGGAAGCUCAUGAGGCACUGAAGAAGAAGCAGGAGACACUAAAAUUACAACAAGACAUGAGGAAGAAAAAGCAGGAAAUGGUGGAGAAGCAUUUAGAAUGCCAGAAGGCGUUGAUAAGCAAAUUGGAGAAGAACAAGAAGAUGAAACCAGAAGAGAGGGCAAUGAUCAUGACCACGCUGAAAGAGCUCUCUCAAAAGAUCUAUCAGAUGAAGGAUGAAAUCAAGCCACCAACCAACUCUGCAGCCAAGUCUGUUCAGCCCAAGACCAAGAUAGAUGCGCAGAAGGAACUGCUGGAUGCCGAGUUGGAUUUUCACAAGAAGCUGAGCUCUGGUGAAGACACCACCGACCUGAAGAGGCGACUUAGUCAGCUACAGAUGGAGGCUGCUCGACUGGGGCUAAUUCCGCCCGCAGUACGGGGCAAGCCGGCCCCAGUACGGGGCCGGGGCCGGGGCCGGGGCAGGAGCCUGAGGGGUCGGGGUGGAGGCAGUCACAUGGUCGUGGACCACAGGCCACGAGCGCUCGCCAUCCUCGGGGUGAGCAAAGAAGAGAAGGACGAACUGAUGCCCCACUUUGUGAAAUUUGGGGAGAUUGAGGAACUGCGUGACCAUGAUGCUACUAGCGUUGUCAUGACGUUCAAGACGAGGAGUGAUGCUGAGAAUGCUGCAAACCAAGGUGCAAAAUUCAAAGGUCGCACUCUCCAAAUGUCCUGGUACAAACCCAAGACUCCAUCUGUAUCUACUGAACCGGAGGAGGAAGAAUCGAAGGAAGAGGAGUCGGAGAGCUCCCUAUUGCUUCCAGAGGAAGAGGAGGAAGAUGAUGAUGAAGAGGAUGAGGAUGAGAGCCGUUCAUGGAGAAGAUGAAAGGACUGUAAAAGUUUAUCCUUUUUUGUGAAAAGGACUGUUGAUUUUUUUAAGUACAAAUUUACCUGUAUUUAAUAAGGUGUUCAGAGUUUUUUGACUUUUUGAAAACUUCUAAAUCACAGAAGAUUCUGCUGUCUCAUACUGUACUGGUUAGUAUGAGGUCUCCAGCUUCAUGUGAGCUUAACAAUUCUGUCAUCUCUCUGUUUUGUUUUCAGAGAUAUAAAAGUUAACCUUUUUCAUGAUUUACAAAUACUGAAAUGAGUCCCAGAAAUUGCUGAACUGGUUUCAGUUCCAGAACUAUACUUUGUGAGAAGCUUGUGAAUCCAUUUUAUAAAAAAAAUUAGCCUUUUUACUUUAAAAUCCAAUACAGCAUUUUGAGGUGUUUUUAGUUUUCAUCAAUAUUUGUAGUACAUUUUAUGCCGGUUCUUCUCACUGCUUUCUUUUUAAAAGAAAUAUGAGUGUCAUUUAACACAGUAGACAUUUGAAAACUAUGCUAUUGGCCACCAAAAAAGUAAUAUUCUGCAGUAUUUUAUACAUACUGUGUUCUCCUUUAGCCAUUUUCUCCUUUUUAUGUGUAAGUGGAACAACAGUAGGUUGGGUUAUGUCCCUUUUUACAGUGCAUUCGACUCUGUUAGAGGGAGUGUGAACUCCAGCUGUCUGGUGGGUGACAUCAGAGCCAUUCUUAGCCAAUCACAGGAUUGUAUUGAAUGCUAUAUCUAGAUUCAGGCAUGACGGCUCUCUGGCUGGGCAAGAUUAGUUUUUUCUGUGGAGAAAACAUGAAAUCUGAGAACAUUUACACAUCGGAAAUUGCCCUUACCAUGACUAAAUUAAAUUUACACCUAUUUCUUCCUGUAUUGAGUUACAUUUCAUUAAGACACAGUGCCACUUUAUGUAAAUAUUGACAUCCAAAUUGAAAGGUUUUGCCAGUAUUUCUUAAAAAAAAAAAAAAAAAAAAAGGAAAAAAAAAAGAUAUCCAGGUGUCAAUUAUAUAUAUAUAUGUAUACACAAAGAUAUAUGUAUCUUUUCCCCUAAAUAUAAUUCUAGCUUGUGUCAUCUUUGACUAGAAAUACCUGGUCUUUGGUGAUUUGACAAUAGAUCAUUUAGAAGAGGUCAGCUGCCUGGCAUGCCACACAUCCCUGCUGAAGAGAGCGCGUUAUUUGCAGGGGACAUGUUAAUUGCAUCUGCAAUAUGCAGAGUCAUGUAGGAAUAUAUGUUGUGUAUUUUUUGUAUAUGAUUUUGCCUUCUUGUCAGUUAAAUUACCAGCAGACAGUUGCAUUUUUAUCAUUUUUUUUGUGUGUAUUUUUCUGUACAGACCUUUGCAAUAACAUUAAGGACAGUGUAGAUAGGUUUUAUUUUUAGAAUAAAUCAAUAUUGGAUUACUGUGGCAGCAGAAGGAAAAGUCCCUUUCACAUAAUUUGGUUUUGGGAGCGAGCACAGGUCCGGCCAUGCACACACAUUCACUUUUUACAACAGGCGAAACCAUCAGCUUCUCUACAUAUACUGGAGCAGUGUCUACAAGUCUCUCCCUCCAAGUAUAGCAGAUCGUACGCUCUCAAAAAACUUGCAGGACGUCCAUUUCGGCUCAUAGCGUUUAAUCAAAUAGGCAUCCUUUAAUCAUUUCUUAAAAUAAUUUACCUCAAUUUAAAAAAGUUAUGUUGCUUGAAGAAUUGGCUUGUGAAGGUGUAAAUUUGAAACCUUCAUUUAUUUUGACAGUACAGUUUUUUUUCUUUAAAAUGUAUGUGCACUAUGGUAAAUUUUUAAAAAUGCAGGAUCACGGGUGUGUUGAGCUGAUCCAGUUAUACAUCUUAAAUUUGCUCUUUUCUCUGUGUGCCCCGACAAUACACGCAAUGAUUAUGUGGAAGGGAAUUUUCCCCUUUGUACAACAGGCUGUGCAUAUGAGUUUUACAUGGUGGUGAUGUGUAAUUGGAUUUGUUACUUACUGUUUAUAUAUGGGGAUUUGUGGAUGUAUUUUUGAUUUCUUGUUUAUAUCAAUUUCUAACACACUAGCAUGUUGGCUUUUACCAAUAAAGAUUAAGGAAUGGCGGCAACAAGAACAUACAAAAAAAAGGAAAUGUAUGUAUAUGUGCAUGUAUGCAUAUAUACCCAUACAUUUCAGAAAACAAGUAAUCAUUGAUUAUCAGAAAAAAAUACAUAAAUUGGGUGGAAAAGAAAAGAAUCCAUUCCGAAACUUGUCACCUA